CUCAAGGUUUCAACCUUAAAUCUCGACAAACAAACGCAGGCACGCAAUCUAUAGCUCAAAAGGUUCCAUCUUUCAUAGUAACAUAACCCAUCCUGCGCAACAUCAAUAAUGGAGCGCAAUGGUAUUGCGAGCAGGAAAUCAGGAGGCAAGAAGAACAAGGUGGUGUUCGUGAUGGGCGCGACGGCGACGGGCAAGUCGAAGCUGGCGGUGGACCUGGCUUUGCAAUUCGGCGGCGAGGUGAUCAACUCGGACAAGAUCCAGCUCCACGACGGCCUCCCCAUCGUCACCAACAAAAUCACGCCCAACGAGCAAUCCGGCGUCCCCCACCACCUCAUCGGCGGCCUCCACCCGGAUUCCGACUACUCCCCGUCCGACUUCCGGCGCGACGCCACGCGCGCCGUGGAGAACGUCCUCUCCAGGGGCGCGCUGCCCAUCGUCGCCGGCGGCUCCAACCGCUACCUGGAGGCCCUCCUCGACGGACCGUCGUCGUCGUUCCGGAGGCGCUUCGAGUGCUGCUUCGUGUGGGUGGACGCCGGCGGCGACGUGGCGUUGCUGGAGGAGUACGUGCGCCAACGCGUGGACGCAAUGGUGGAGCAAGGGCUGGUGGAGGAAGUCCGGGGGUUUUUCCGGGAGGACGGGGAUUACUCCCGCGGGAUCCGGAGGGCGAUCGGGGUUCCGGAGAUGGACGCCUACUUCCGGAUGGAGGCCGCCGGGGAGCUAAUUCGGGCCGGGGUGCUUGAGGCCGCCGUGGAGCAGAUCAAGCGCAACACGUGCGUGCUGGCGCGGCGGCAGGUGGGGAAGAUCCGGCGGUUGAGUGGCCUGCCCGGAUGGAACAUCCGCAGGGUUCAUGUUGGCAGGGUGCUCGCGCUCAAGGUUGCGGGGGAGAAGCGGAAGGAGGAUGCUGGAGCGGAGAGGGAGUUGUGGGAGAAGGACGUGCUCGGCCCUGCCGCAAGGACCGUCGAGGUGUUUCUGGCCAAAGGGGCCGGCGAACGCGGCGGUGCCGGUGUGGGGGCAGCGGUGGAGUGGUACGGUCGUGGUCUGCAGUUCGUGGAGGCGGCGUCAGCCGUGUCUCCGAGGUUUCACGGAAGAAAAGCAGCCGCGGCAGUUUGACUAUAGCGCUAGCGUCCUUCAUUCAUCGUCUACUGGUUGAUUAGCUCGUCAUAUCUAUAUUCAUUAAUUGGUUCAUUUUUUAUUUUGCGUAAAUUCAUUGUAUUCAUUCGUUCGUUAAUUUUGACUUACAUAUAUGUAGAAACAAACUUAUUUGUA